AUGUUGGAUGAGCUGGCAGCUUCUUUGAAGAAUCUCAACUCUGAAACUACCACAAAAUCGAGCAAGAAUUCAAAGCUGCAGAAAGUGUUGGGCCAGAUAACGGUGUUGGUGAGUGACAUAAACGACAUGUCGUACAUCAACAUGCCGGCCAGCCUCGCCAAGCCGUACACGGCCACCAUCGUCAGACCGCAGCAGAAUCUCAGUGCCAAUAGCAUUCUUAACAAGGUACCUGGCCUGGCACCUUCUUGGAAUCAGCAGCAACAGCAGCAGCAGAUGUCGGCAGUGAAGACAUCCCAGCAGAUGUGCAUGGCGGGUACGACGAAGACAUCAGUCUACAGCCACGUGAAUCAGUCAGGUAGGAGAUGUCUGAAAGUACCACACGACCUGCAGCUGACGUUCAAUCUGUCUUCAACAAUGGGGACACAAAUUGUAACUUCAUUUGUGUCCGGGCUGAAAAAAUUUUUGCUUUUGAAGAAUAACACGGCUUGGCUCGUUAGUCUCCGUUUGGAGUUGCAAGACUUCGCAGAAGCGUCACCAUUGACGAGCAAAUCGGCCAAAACUCCAGCCAACAACAACGAUGAUGACAAGUCUAAAGAUGUCAUCUGCAUUGAUUGA